AUGGAUGCGCGUGAAUUUGCUGAAAUACUCAGCAGAUAUGACAAGCUGGAGAUCUUCAACUGUCUCACAGUUGUCAAUGGCCGUUUGACUAAAGCUACGGAUAUCAGCAUUGACGACUAUACCAUUUACUUGACACAAUUAACGUCCCUCAUCGAUAAGUUCAAUGUUCCUCCUGUUAGCUCAAAGUCUAAGCAGUCGGCUAAAGAAUCUCCUGAAGCCUCAGCUGCUGCAACAUUGCAAGGGAAACUAUCUCUAAAUAUUUUCAGAUUGUUGUCGCGCAAUUUGGUAUUGAUCUUGACUCAUUUGCCCACCAAAGUCUAUGACGUGGCCAAUGGACUCUUGAACCACUUACAAUUGACAGACGCAUCGUAUUUGAGACCAAUUUGUCAGAUUUCAAUUGUUGUUCUCAUUGACCUUUAUGAAUCUUUUCCUAACAAUUUGGGCUCGUUGGUAAAUUAUUCUCUCAACCAAAUCUACAAAAUCAUCAAAAAGACACCAACCAUUGACAGUUCAUUGAUCUACUUGUUGAAUUCUAUAACUAAAAAUGCUACAAAAGCAGAUAUCGACGAAAAAUUUCAGGCAAAAUUGCUCAAAAUUGUCACCAAAAACAUUACCCUGACCUCGAUUUCAUAUACUCUUGAAGCUGCGGUAGGUAUAGAAAGCACUUCUAUACUCUUAAAAAAGAACUAUGUUCUUUGUUUAAAGAACCUUUUGUUGUUGGCUAUAUCAACUAACUACGAGGGACUUUUGGCCACCUCAGCUUCCUCUACAGGAACUUCAAAGCUCAAGCCUGAAGCCAUUAUGUCACAACAGCACCAAUUCCAAAUAAAUUUAUUGAAUUCCAACGAGAAAAUCUUUUACUAUUGUUUGACAAAUUAUUCCAAGGAGGUUAGAAUUGCUGCUAUUGAAAUGUUGGCAAAUAUCCUCACGAAUUUGGUACCAGUAGGCAAAUUCAAUCCAAUUGACUAUAUCGUGUCACUGUUCAGUUUACCGUCACUCAAUUUUUGGAAUGAUGCUCUUACAAUUCAGUAUGAUCCCGAAGACUUGGAACCAACCGACUACAAAAGAGUCAACAACACCAUUACUGGACAUGACAGUGAAUCUAUUAUUCAUGAAAAUACAGAAUUACUAGUUUUCCAAACUAGCAUUGUGGAAGUGUUGAUUUUAUACAUUCAACUUGAGCAGUUUCAAAAUCCUGAAUACAUCUCUACAAACUUGCUGUAUAUCUUAGACAUCAUACUAGCUCGCUUUAGUGAACUUAAUCACAUCCUGAAUCACAUUCAAAAUCAGCAAUGGAAUAAAGUAUUAACACAAUGGUGUGCUUUCAUAGAUUACAUCGUUAAAGAAAGUGGCUCCAACUGUCACGAAAUUCUCACUAACUACAUUUAUUCAAAAUUCAAUGUUAGAUCUACGUCAGGCACAUUUCUUUCCGAACAUGAAUCUCUGAAUUACAAUGGACCUUCAAUCAACAAGGGGAAGCGAGAGACCGCUUUGUUCAACUUCAAAUCUAAAAGCAGCUCCAAAACUAGAAAUAAGGACAUUAAGAGCAAAGAAGUUAGACCAUAUCAUAACACGUACCAAGUGUAUCUACUUUUAUAUAUUGUUGGAUUGCUAUUGCCAUUUGGAGUCAAUUUCAAUUCUAAUGCCGUCAAAGAGGAAGAAUCAACUUCAAAUACUGAUGUUCAUGAUACUACAGCCGAUGAUGACGAAUUCGAAGAACAGGUUAACAGUGAAAGUUCGUUUAUCAGAGACAUAUUAAUGAAAUUGGUAAUCAAUGAAAACUCUUACAUUAGAAACUAUGCUUUGAAGGCUUUAUUGCUCUAUGCAAAGUAUAAUGAUGUUGAAACAAAUAUCUUGAUUUUGCUGACCUUUAGAUUAGUUAAUCAGGAGUUCAAAAGUUCAGAUGUCGAAAAGGAUACUUCGGGUGACUCGUCUAAGAGAGAAGAAAAUAUUUGUGGAUUGGCUUCUGUUAGACUUCUCAGUUAUUCAUUAUUGUUGCUGUCUUUCAUAAAACAAGCAGAAUGGUCUUUGUUGCAAAAUUCAACCGUUGUCAAAAUUUUGAGUUUUUGUACACAGAAUUUGAAGCACAACAACAAUAAUAAUAGAAGCAACUUUUUGAAAAAUACCGCAUGCUGGGUAAUACUUACAUCAUUAGUUACAUUCUACAAUGAAUCUGAGUAUGUUAAGCUUAAUUCAUCCCAAUUCUUGGUUUUCUGGAAGGGAUUAUUGACGUCUCAAUUCAUUAGUUCAUCAUCAGGUGUUGUUUCCGAAGCCAGUCAAACUUUGGAAAUAGUCGAUAAUUUGAAGUUGAGAAACCUGAGUUUAGUUUGUUUAUUGAAUUAUUUGAAUUCUGUUGAACUUACGCCUGAGUCUCUUAGGCAGAUACAAUUCUUAUUGACAAAAUCGUACAACUAUUUAUCCUACCUUGAAAGUAACAUUGAAAUAGUCGGUUCUGUAACCAACUUCAAUGGACAAGGAUUCAAUGAAAGUGAUUAUAAUCCAAAUCUCAUCAACAACUUACAAUACUCCAACUAUGCGUACAAUAACAAGUUGUCUUAUGACAAGUCCAUUAUCAGUUUAAUUCUCUAUGGAAAGAGAGUAAUUUUGAAAAGUUUUCAUAAACUUGCAACCUUAUUGAAGAAUGACAUAAAUUCCAAUAUGGUGAUAUUUUUAUUGAAAGUUUUUGGUGAUACCAAAGUCUUCUCCAGGUUGUCGGUUGUUGAGGAAAAGUCUAGAAGUUCUAAAAAGAGUUCUUCUCUUAGAUUGAAUGAUUUUGAUUUCAGUUCAAUCUUGUUAGGUGAGGACUAUAAUUACUCGUUUGGGGUUACUAGCAAAUAUCAUGACUAUUUUGACAACAUAGAUGAAUUAUCUUCAUCGCAGACACAUGCAAACAAUGGUCUCUUAUACAGUGACCCGUUUUCAGUUUCCUCAAAUCCUAUUACUAAAGGUUCGUUAGAAUCAGGUUCCAGCAAACAAUUUAAGAUUUGGAUUGACUAUUUUGAAAAACAGAUCUUCUCAUCCGUGGAUCACUCGAUUGACUAUGAUCCUUCAGUAUUCAUCACUCAAGAUUAUUCGACAAUGGAGAAAUACUCGACGAAUUUGACCACAUCGCUUGUCGAUCUCUCAAUUGAAUUAUUCCAGUUGGUUUUCCCAUACUUGAGUUUGAAGAUACAGUUUUCUUUGGCUGAACAAUUGAGAAAUUCUUUGACAGCUAAAUCAGUGGAUCCCCUCAGAUUAAAGGCAGUGGAAGUAAAUCUCUCUGUUGCAAUCCACGGGGCGUUGAAUAAUAUUGUGAAGAAGAAAUUGGAAUUAAACAAGCAAAUUGUUGAAGUAUUCAUUGAUACGAUAUCAAAAAUUGAAAGCAGAAACGUUAAUAUAGUCAGUAUCAACACAGACAGUAUCGCCAUGGCUACCAAGUUGACAAACAAAGAAUACAUAAAUGAACAGAUAGAGAAAUAUGUUAACGAUAUUGUCAACAAUUCCAACCCUUUUGAGAGAGGAUACACAAUUUUGAGUUUGUCGAAGAUUUAUCAACAAACUCACUUUGGAUUUGUCGAUAUAUACAAUAUUGCUUUGCAGUUAUUGAACGACCCUAAUCCAGUAGUUUACCACUAUGCCUUGUCGGCAUUGAUUAUCCUUUUCCAGAGCAACAUUGAUAGUUUAAGUUUCAUUCCGAGUACAUUGGACUCAAUCUUCAUCAAAUAUUUGAAGGACGAGUUUUCAUUCGAUAUUGACAGCAAGUUAUUGGUUAACUUAAAGUGCAAAUAUGGAUCAAUCGGUCAAACAACUAAGUUGUUAAGAUUGUUUGUCACUUCGUUAGGACCAAACUUGCGGGACUGGUCUUCUGAAAAUAAGCUUCAAAUCAAAAACGUCAUAAUGUCAUUGAGUCAAGGAAUUGGUCUAGCCACUGCCGAAGAUUAUGUGGAUGUUUAUAGGCACUUACUUGGUUUCUUCCAAGAAUUAAUCAUUUUUGACCCUAAAUUGAUUGAUGGUGAAAUUCCAUUUUUUGCGGAUUUACUCAAUUUAAUCAUUUCUAAAAAUAUGAAGAUUGGUCUUACAUCUUCUUCUCCAACCUCAUUGAAUCGGGAAAGCAUAUUUCCAUUCAAUACAAGUUACGAUUUAUACAGAGCUUCAUAUGAAUGCUAUGUUGAAUUGCUCAAGAUAUAUGGAUCUCCUGUCUUGAGUAAGGAAAGCGUUGGUAUGCUUUGGGUAUCUAUGAAUAUUAAACCAUGCUCCGAACUAAAGGAAUUUAUUCAGUUAUGGAUGGAAUCUAGUCUAGAUAUGAAUUGGUUCGUUAUCUUGAACUCUUUGUUUAAAUGCAGUUCAAAGAAGUUGAUUGGUCCAUUCAUAGAAUUGAACUAUCAACAGAAGUUGUUGCCUUUACUGCAAAGACAGAAGAAGAAAAACACCAAUAAUUUAGACUUUAAAGAUGAAGAAAUUGAGAACAUUGUUGGCGAUGGUGAUGAUGACGAAGACAAGAGUGAACCAAUUACGUGGGAAUUCAAAUUGUUCAUUUACUUUUUAUUGAAUCAUCUUCUUGAUUUGUGCUCAAAACAUCCUAAAUUGGCUGACCGGUUGAAAACUAAGAUUCCAGAUAUUGUCAAGAUUUCAUUUUUAGGAUCAACGUCUCCAAUUACUGAAAUCAGAUUGAGAGGAAUUAAUCUUUUGGAUAAGGUUCUUGGUCUUUUUGGGCACUUGCCUGAUCCAUUGUAUCCUGGUGUUUCCAUUCUUGAGCAGCAGCAGGCGCAAAUCAUUAGUGCGUUGACGCCAUGUUUUUCCCCAGGUUCUGAUGCAAAGGUUAUUGUAAAUACCAUAAAUGUUUGCUCCAAAUUCAUCAGUUUACCAAGGAUUAAAUUCUAUUCCAAACAGAGAAUAUUGAAAACGUUAAUUUACUUAUUAGAAGAAAUAUCAUCAAACAAGUUUCUCAGGUUUGGCUUUUUGGAAGACAUGUCUGAGAAUGGCAGGAAAUCAAUUCAGAUUUCCAUUUUGAAUUGUUGGGCACUCUUGAAAAUAGAUGCUAGCGAAGUUCCUGAAGGCAUAGAACCUGAACUCUUAGAAACUUUGGAUAAGUAUUCUACUUUGUUAACCUCAUUGUGGAUUUUUGUUUUGAGAGAAUAUUCUUCAUUGAAAUACAACGAUAUCAAUCAAAAGGAGCUAGAGAUUUACGGAAAUUACUGGAUCAACUUUAUCAGUGUUUUGAGCAUUGAACUUGAGAAAGAUGAGAAGUUUGUUGAAAAAUACCUUGCAGAUGACGCUCAAAAUUUCUUCUUCGUUUUAUUCAGUCAGUGCGUUGAAUCGCUCGUUAAGAAUCGAAAUGUUUCGGAGAUUCUUGUCUCCCUUAAUAGGUUGAUAAGUAACCCCGGUUUGGUGGAUAUUUUGUUUAAUGAUGAAUUUUUUGGUGAAGUAGUUGAUCUAUUUGAUCGUUUAAUCUUGAUUGAUUACGACACCGAAAUCCAAAUUAAGUUACUUGAUAUUGUUGCAAACAUUUUCCAAUCGUAUAUAACUAAUCACCCAGAUACAUUUGAAAAUGGGUUUGAUAAACUUUUUGAAUUGAUUAGAAUUGAAAUGCUUCCAUUAUUCGGCAUUCUUCCAUUCCUUAGACAAGAUUUCGAUCCAAAUAAUGAAUCUCAACAAUUGCAGUUGAAGCAUGUUGAUAGCGCUCCACAUCUUCUAGUUUUGAAGAAGGCUCUUGAAAGAUUAGUUCAAAUGACUGCGGGUUUUGCAGAUAUUGUUAAGGUUGAUUUGUAUGCUUGUUUGCUUUACAUAUCUGCUAAGAUCUACCAGUCAAGAAACAGUUUAUUAAUUUCUGUUAUUUUACCUCAUCUCAAGCAGAUUGUUACAGAGUCCAAGGUCUCUGACUAUGAUUUGGUCGAUACUUUUAGAAAUGCUAUACACAACUAUUAUGAAAUCAGUGCAGAAAGUACUUAUACUGUUAUUACUGCAAUUGUGUUGGUCACUUCAGGUGAUGUCAAACUUGACGAGACAGAUUCACAGAAGUUAAGCGCUGCAUUGAUUCAGUUACUCAGCUCAAGUGAAACUGCUUCGAUGUCCAUUCAAUGUAUUAAAACAUUAAUACAGUACUCGUCAAAGUUAGAUGGUCAAGUUCCAGUUAUCCAAUAUUUAGUCUCGGAUUUGGUCAAGAUUUUGAGCCAAAUUGACGACCAGAAGAAGAUUGACGAUCCCAAGGUAGGGUUUGAAAUUCUAUUCUUAUUUACCAAGACAGUUAAUGAAGAAAAGAAGCUGAUGGCCCUUUACUCUAUUUUGAUUCCACUUUUACUCAGAUACAAUGAUAGAAGUGAGAUCUCCAAAGAGUAUUUGCACGACAGACUUAUCUUCUUGGUGAGCCACGACCCUCAUAGCUUUAAGGCAGUUGUUACCUCUGCCUUGACUGAGAGUCAGAAGAAGCUCACAGAAGAAUUGGUAAAACUGACUACUAAGGAAGACCUGGAAAUGACUAGGAAUCAACCCGAAAUAAAACUCAAAACAUUCGGCUCAGAAAAUUAG